GUUCAUCCAACUCCCAGGAAAUUAACACGGAGGUGGCCCUGGGGGUUUCCUUGAUCUUAACACCAUCCCUCCCCAGCGCCACCCCAGCCGUAUCGCCUGGACCCCAGCGACGUCACACGGGCACCAGCAGUUCACCCCAGGGGAGGAACUCCGCGAUCACAGAGCUGACCGGGUGCCCGGGUAGAGGGGACCGGAAGUUGUAUUUUCGCCCCCCGCCCAGGGGCCGGCCGGGUGUCUGCGAGUUGGGUUUGGUUCCCGCCCUUGUCAGAGUCUCGGGUCGGGCCGCAAAGCUAGGCAGCCCGGGGUGGGCUCACUGCAGAGCCCGCCUUCGGGAGACGGUGUAGAUUCCCCGGUCUCCUAGCAACACGGGCCGGGCCGCAGACCGACGGGGCGGCGGGGCGGCCCACAUCUCUCAGGCGCGCGAGCCGGAGCCGAAAACCAGAGCUUAAGAAUAAGCAGGAAAUGGCGGACGAGGCGUUGUUUUUGCUGCUCCAUAACGAGAUGGUGUCAGGCGUGUACAAGUCCGCGGAGCAGGGGGAGGUGGAAAAUGGACGCUGUAUUACUAAGCUGGAAAACAUGGGGUUUCGAGUGGGACAAGGAUUGAUAGAAAGAAAAAAUACUGUAUUACUUCUAGUUGAUCUUUUUAGGUUUACAAAAGAUACCGCGAGGUUCAAGGAUGAGUUAGAUAUUAUGAAGUUCAUUUGUAAAGAUUUCUGGACUACAGUAUUCAAGAAACAAAUCGACAAUCUCAGGACAAAUCAUCAGGGCAUCUAUGUACUUCAGGACAACAAGUUCCGUCUGCUUACUCAGAUGUCUGCAGGAAAACAGUACUUAGAACAUGCAUCUAAGUAUUUAGCAUUUACAUGUGGCUUAAUCAGAGGUGGCUUAUCAAACUUGGGGAUUAAAAGUAUUGUAACAGCUGAGGUGUCUUCAAUGCCUGCCUGUAAAUUUCAGGUGAUGAUACAGAAGUCAUAGAACAUACUGAAAUGCAAUGCUUCAACAGUGUAAAGAGUUAAAUUAUUCAUGUAUAAAGUAUUUCAAGUAGCAAUGAUUUAAUUAAAAUUGUUGGACAUUUGUGUUGUAUAAGCUAUUUGCUAACUUAUAUAAUGAAAUAUGUACUCUUAAGUAGGACUAAGGUUGUAUUUUAUCAGUUUAACAUAGGUCAAGUUAAAGCAGAUAGAGACAUUCUACCAUAACAUACACUUUAUUGAAACUAUUCAGAAUAAAAAAAUCCUAAUUUCAAAUAAAUAAACACCAAGAUGUAGGAUCCUUAUUUUAACAUUUCUACUUGCUUAGGGAUGUAUGUUAAACCACAGACAGAAAAGCAAAACUCAGGGUUUGAUAAAUUAUCAUAAAAAUAGUCAGAAUCAUUUGUGUAAGAAUGAACAAAUUUUGAUUCCUUUAUGAAUUCUAGUUAUUAAAAAAAGCAAACAGCACACUAAA